GUCUCUCUCUCUCUCUCUCUCUCUCUCUCUCUCAAGACUCAUGAUUUCUAGUGUAUAUAUAUAUAUUUAUAUAUACAGAUAGAGGCAGAUGCAGGUGAAGUGAUCCCAGCCCCUCAGCUUGCUUUUAGUUCCGUGCAGUUGAAUAUACCUUCGACGUCUUAAGAAGACAACAACAUGGUGGCGAUUUCGAAGAAACAAUUUUGAUUCCUUUACAUUUCAGCUUCUGGGUCUAAAACUUAUUGCAUGCUUGAUGCAAUGUCUCUCUUGUCAAAAUUACGCUGCAUCACUGUUGAUGUCACUGGUACACUCAUAGCUUACAAAGGCGAGCUUGGUGACUACUACUGCAUGGCUGCAAAAUCUGUUGGACUGCCAUGCCCUGACUACAAGCGUGUGCAUGAAGGCUUCAAACUUGCAUAUACAGAUAUGGCAAAAAAGUAUCCCUGUUUUGGGCAUGCAGCAAAAAUGCCUAACAUUGUCUGGUGGAAAACAUGUGUGAGAAAUUCCUUUAUCAAGGCUGGAUAUGAUUAUGAUGAAGAGACAUUUGAGAAAAUCUUCAGGCGCAUAUAUGCCUCAUUUGGUUCAUCUGCACCUUAUACUGUCUUCCCAGACUCCCAACCUUUCCUAAGAUGGGCACGUGAAAAGGGUAUUCUAGUUGGGCUUGUUAGCAAUGCAGAGUAUCGUUAUCAGGAUGUGAUUCUUCCAGCCUUGGGUUUGAAUCAGGGGUCAGAAUGGGACUUUGGUGUGUUCUCUGGUCUCGAAGGCGUAGAGAAGCCGGACCCAAGGAUUUAUGAAAUUGCUCUUGAAAGGGCUGGAAAUAUUGCACCAGAAGAAGCUCUACACAUUGGGGAUAGCAUGCGGAAAGACUACCUGCCGGCGAAGAGUGUGGGGAUGCAUGCAUUACUGUUGGACAGGUUUAAGACUCCUGAUGCUGAGCAGUGGAGAAAAUCUGGUGCAGUUGUGCUUCCUGACUUGGUUUCUGUACAAGAAUUGCUCACCUUAGGCACAUUGACAUGCUGAGGGGCUUAUUUCUUCCCCAAAGGUGAUGUCUUGUGCAUUUUUUCCUCUUAGAAACGAAAAUUUGCAAUUCUUGAGUUGAUGGUCUCAAUAUCCUUGACAUUUUAUAGCUUUGUAUCAUCAUCUCACAGCAAAUCAAGACCAAAAUUUUCUGGGAUUUGAGGGGAAAGAGUGAAUGCCAUUUCUGUCAUAGUAUUAUUAGAAAUAUUAAUAAAGCCAAAUCGUUGUCAAAUUCUAAAAAA